AUGUGUUCAAUUCCUGGCCUCCCAUCACCUGGUUCAAAUGUGUCUGUGCUCAUUGCCAGAGUAAACCUGAAUCCUCUCUGUGUUCUGGUAGAGUUUUGGGGUAACUUUGACCAAGAGAGACGACUUGCAUAUCAGCAAAUGAAGAAAGAGAUUCAGUACCCCAGAGUGGUAUUUCAUGAGCCUGAAGGGAAUCCUGGUGACCUGUGCCUUGUGCGUGUCUACGAAACAUGGUACCGAGCCCGAAUAGUGUCGAGUAAUGCUGGUGACUACAGUGUGUUUCUCAUUGAUGAAGGCAGAACACUUUGGGCCACAACCAGCACUUUGGCUUGGGGCCAAACUGACUUUUUCUACCUGCCUCCUGAGGUUGAAUUUUGUGUUCUUGCCAAUGUUCUACCACUGUCUCCUGAAAACAGGUGGUCAGCAAUGGCCUUAGAAUUCAUGAAAACCUUCUGUGGGAAAACGGUGACAGCCUGUGUUCAAGAUGUUGUAGUACCUCAGCGUACAUUUCUACUUGAUAUUCCAUGCUUGUCUAAGCAAAUGUAUGAGAUGGGAUUUGUAAAGAAAUUGUCAAAUGAAAGGUUCAAAGAUUUUGUCACAAGGUCUUUGCACUGUUCUAGUGGAUUUGUAGAACCUCGGAAGACUACAUCAAUGAGAAAUGAACCAGUUGAGCUCAUUGAGCAAACUGAGAAACAGCAAGGGUACAUGUAUCCAGAGCUGCAGAUUGAAACUUUUGAGACUGUGGUUGUCACAGAGGUAACAAAUCCCCUUCGUGUCUUUUGUCAGCUAAAGGUUUUCUCACAGGAGCUCAAGAAGUUAACAGAUCAGUUAACGCAGCAUUAUGAAGGAAGAGUUGGAACUCAUUUUGCAAGGGGGGAGAACCUAGGGUCUCCUUGUGCAUCAAGAGGAAAUGAUGGUAAAUGGUAUCGCUCUGUCUUGCAGCAGGUCAUGUCCUCUAACAACGUGGCAGAGGUAUUGCAUGUGGAUUAUGGAAAGAAACAAUUUGUCCAAGUGGAGCAUGUCAGGCCACUUCCUUCUGAAUUUUUCAGAAUGCCUGUUGUAACUUAUGUGUGCUCUCUCCAUGGAGUGAUUGACCGAGGAAUUGGCUGGUCAGCUCCACAGAUUGAUUACCUGAAGUGCUUACUGCUCAACAGAACUGUCCUUGCCAAAUUUGAGUAUCAAAGCCUUUCAGAAGGUGUACACUAUGUCACUUUCUAUGGGGAUGAAAACACCAACAUAAACAAUUUGUUUGGCUUGAGAGAGAAAUGCUCAGCAGACUCAAAGCACCACACAAAUUAUGCAGUUCAGAAAAGUACAGUGGAAAAACAGCAAAUUUCAGUUACAUGGGAUACAGAAAGCACAGAGCCAACCAACUUGGGGGAUUUGAAAGGGAAAAAACCUCUGUUUUUUACAGUAAGUAUGUCACCUAACACUUCCCACGUGGCUGUUGUUCAACAUGUUGACAGUCCCUCCAAGUUUUGGAUUCAAACACAGGAGUAUGCUAAUGCAUUUGACCACCUAAUGGUGGCCCUUGGAGAACUGUACAGUGAUCCAGCCAGUGCUGAGGGAUUGAUUAGAAAGCCAGUGGUUGGCCUGCUAUGUGUGGCCAAAUCUCAAGAUGAUGUGUUUUACAGGGCUGCCAUUUCUAAAGUCAUUAAUACAAAAGUUGAGGUUUUCUUCCUUGACUAUGGAAACACGGAACUAGUUGAUUGUUUCAGCCUUCGUGAGUUGCCCCUUGGGUAUCAGAAGCUACCAGCCUUGGCAGUAAAGUGCUCCCUUUAUGGAAUUCAACCAAUUUGUGCACAUUGGGAUCAAAAGGCCACAUUAUACUUUUCCAAAGCUGUUCAAGAGAAAGUCCUUGAUAUACAUAUACUUGCAAAGUCAAAAGACACACAUGUUGUUCAGGUAAUUGACCCUUUGUCAGAUGGAGAAAAAGAUUUUUCCAAAUUGCUCUGCAGUGCUGGUUUUGCAGACGGUGAAUCUUUUGGAAAAACUCGGAGUAAACCCAUUGUUAAACCUUACUCUAAAGUGAUGCAGACUUCUGACGUUAUCAAGACAAGUGUGUUUUCUCAGUCAUCCAGGUCAUCUGCAGGACCCAGAUCUGCUUUCAAGGAGUACUUGUUUCCAGUUGGGAGCUCAGUUGAGGUCAAUGUGUCGUACAUUGAGAGUCCAAAUGACUUUUGGUGUCAAAAAGCUAAUGACACACACAGCCUGAAAUUGCUAAUGCAAGAUCUCCAGGAAUACUAUGCAAACACUGAAUUUCAGGCUUCUUUGGAAGCAAACACUGAAUUUCAGCCCCCUUUGGAAGCAGCCUGUAUUGUUCGUCAUCCUGACAAUGGGAUGUGGUAUCGAGCCCUGGUCAUCCAAAAGCAUCAAACUCCCCACGUGACUGUGCAAUUUAUUGAUUAUGGGCAGACAAAGAAGGUCGCCCUGCAUGACCUUCGUCACAUUAAUCCAGCAUUUCUGAAGCUAAAAGGACAAGCAUUUCGAUGCAGCUUAUAUAACCUGAUCUAUCCAGCCUCUUGUUUCACUUCAGACUGGAGUCCAGAUGCCAAAGCGCAGUUUCGAGAGUUUGUGGACAAUGCGGCAUCCAUGAGCAUAGUCUUGAAAUGCACUGUUUAUGCUGUAAUGUAUAAUGCUCAGAAAGUGGUGUUCAAUGUGGUUGAUCUAGAGACUCCAUUCCAAAGUGUCUGCAGUCUUCUUAUACAGAGAGGUUUGGCUGACCGUGCACCAUCUGAAGAGAGACCCCUUCAGGCUUUCUGCUUGGACUCAUACUAUUUCUCCACACAUGGCAUCAAAACUGGGUCUGAGGAAGUUGUGAGUAUCACCAGUGUGACAAAUGUCAGUCACUUCUUUUGCCAUCUAGGAAGAAAUUCUGUGCAAGUUGAAGAACUUGCAAAUAAAGUGAAUAACUUAUGUUGCCAGCUUGCGAACAUUGAGUGUCCAAAAACCUUUGGAAAACUUUGCUUUGCAAAAUAUACAGAUGGACUGUGGUAUAGAGGACAGAUUCAAUCUACAAAGUCUUCUGUUAUUGUCCACUUUGUGGAUUAUGGUGAUACACAGGAAGUUGAGAAAUCAGACCUCCUGCCAAUUCCAUUUGAAGCUAGUGAAAUUAUGUCAGUUCCUAUACAAGCAAUUGAGUGUGGGCUAUCUGGCAUGCCUGAAAAUGUGUCAAGUGAAGUCAGUGACUGGUUUGAGAGUUUUGUGACUGAUCGCUCUCUCAAAGCAUUGGUAGUAGCCAAAGAACCAGACAGUAGACUAAUUGUCGAGCUCUAUGAUGGAAAAAUUCAGGUGAAUGCACUGAUCAAGGAGAAAUUUCAUAUUGAAGUUGAGAGAAGAGAAUUGACCAAAAAAGGAUCUCUUGCCAAGGAUAUGAAUGCACAAAGUGUGCCUCAUGGAAAUGUUCAAAGAUUUAAAAGGGAGAAAGAAUGGCACUGGAGAACUCCUCAAAAUGACAGACCAGUAGAGACCCCAAAGAAAUCCCAUGAUGGAGACAUGAUGGGAAACAUGGAACAAAUAAAGUCAAAAUAUUAUGAUUCUCACAAAGAAUCCUGUAGUAAAUCUACCAGCCAAAGUGGCCUCCAACAAGCAAAGCUUCCUUUAAAAGUUGUGAAAGCAGGACUGAAAGCUGAAGUGUUCAUCUCGUAUUACAAUAGUCCUUUGAGCUUCUUUGUCCAGUUGGUUUCAGAUGAAACUGAAAUUUAUUCUCUGCUGGAAAAGUUGAACAAUGACCAAUCAAAGUUUGCACCUGUUAUUCCUAGUGACAUUCAUGAAGAUGACUUGGUUAGUGCAGUAUUCCCUGAUGACAAUUGUUGGUAUCGUGCAGUUAUAAGAAAAGCACCCAUUAAUGAUAUUGUUGAUGUAGAAUUCAUUGACUUUGGAAACACUGCAGAAGUUUCAGUCUCAAAAAUAGGUAGUCUGGAUGGAUCACUCUUUUUACAUUCAAGAUAUAGCAUUCACUGCUCCCUGACUGGAGUGUCGAUUGUUGACAAUGAAAUGGCUUCUAGGUUCAAAAGUGAAAUAGAAGAAAAUACAGAUGGGUUUGAAUGUGAAUUUAUCAAACUGUCAGGUGCUGUGUGGGAGGUCAAACUAAAGGCCCAAGGUAUGUUACUGGGAUCCUCAUUCUCCACAAACACAGCACUCACAGGUGCAUCUGUAAGUGCAGCUAAGAGACCAGUCACUGAACAUGGGCUAUCUACCAUCAACAAAUUUCAGAGUCCUGACAUUCCAAAUGGACAAACAAUUGCUGUAUAUGCCUCUUUCAUUAGUGGACCGCAUCACUUCUGGUGUCAGUAUGCAGAAACAGAAAACCUGCAAGAGAUUUCUGAUAUAAUCCAAAAGGCUGGAAAUGCUUUUGAAAGUACAGCUUUGAGCAAAGAGUUCCUAUCAGUUGGAAGUGGCUGCAUUGCCCUUUUCGCUGAGGAUGAAUUGUGGUAUCGUGGAAAGGUGACUUCUAGAGAACAAGACAUUCUAUCCAUUCUGUUUGUUGACUACGGCAAUGAAUCAAAGGUUAAAAUAAGUGAGGUCAAACCAUUGCCAUCUGAGGUUUCUAAUUUUCCUCCUCAGGCAUUUGGUUGUCAGCUUGAUGGUUUUGAUGUUUCAGAGGGCUUUUGGAAUGAUGGGGCAAAUGAUAUGUUUUUCGAGCUAAUCAGUGACCGCCUCUUGAAAGUCACUAUUUUGAAAUUUGGCAGUUCCCAUGAUGUAAAAAUUCCACAUUUUGUUAAGCUGGUGUGUGAUAAACUUGUCAUCAAUGAUGCAAUGAAAAAUUCUUGGACUUGGUAUAGCAAGAAGACAUUACUUGAACAGGCAGCUGCACCAUCUGAGGCAUCCCUUGAUAUUUCAGUGCUUCCGGAGGUGGACUGCACAGUGGCUGGGCAUGAGAAACAAGCUGUAAUGCUGGAUGAAGGUAAUAUUGAGAUUAGAGUGGUAUCUUCUCAAGAUGAUGAAUUAAAAAACAUAAAAGAGUUGAUGGUAGAUAAGUCAGAGGUGAAAGCCAAUGAAAAUGAUGAUAAAACAGAGGCAAAAGAUUCAAAUUUGGAUGUUAGUUCAGACACUUCUGCCAGUCAACCAGAAGAUGUAGAUGCAGCAGGAAAAUGUUUAUUGGCGUGCACAGAAGAAUUCACUGGUUCUGAUUAUCAGCAAGCAGAUCUAUCACAGAACCCUGAAAGUAUAGAGUUCAGCAGACCUUUGGAAAGUGAUAUGCUCAACUAUGUUGAAAAGAAUGCAGUGGAUACUUCACCACAAAAGGAACAGCUCUGUGGGGAAUUUGAUAAGAACGCAUACAAAUGUACACACAUGUAUUCACCUAUUUCAGAAUUUGAAAAGGACAUUCAUGAAACCAUUAAAUCAGGAGGGCUGCGCAGGGGAAUCCUGUUGGAUCAGAAUGUGCUGCUUUUGGACCAUGAUUCUGAGGUGCUGGUAGAUCCAAUUAAUAUCUUUGAAACUGUAUCAGAGAAACCAGUGGAGCCUCAAGAUGAAAAGAACCCCUGUUCAGGUGACUUGGAGUCAGAGUCUGAGGAACCUUUGAAUGAAGACAUGAACAGAGGCUCAGAUUCAGGGACACAUGUUCAAAUGUGUGAAAUGUUUGAUGUGGUUACUUCAGUGGAGCAAAGGGAACCAGUCUUGGGUGUGGACCCAGUAGAUCCCAUCUUGGAGGUGGACCAAGGAUUGGAUCCUGUCUUGGAGCUGGACCUUGGCAUGGAGCCAGAAGUUGAUCAAGGGCAGAGUUUCAGUAUUGCUUUGAAUGACCAGGUCAACGAUGUGGAACCUGAGGUUGAUCCUGGUCUGGAUGUCUUGACUGAAGAAUUUAACAGCUCACCUGCAAAGCUAUACAUGUUGGACCAACCUGACUCAAGUGAGCUAGUAUCCUUACUAACUCCUCUCACCCUGAAAGUUGAGGACCAGUCUGAUGAUGACGACGUGAUCUUUGUGGAAACAUGGAUGGUGUCCUUGGCAGAUGCAAGUGAAACGGAUGGUGAGAAGUAG